AUGACUGUCGUCGAAGCGGUCAAGAGCGCCGUUGGCCUUGGAGAGACCUCCGCCACUCGCCAGGAGAUGUCCGAGGCUCGCCUCCCUAUGCAGUACCGCGAUUCAUGCGCCCACCUUCUCAUCCCCCUAAACCGCUGCCGGCAAGCUGAAUACUACCUUCCCUGGAAGUGCGAGGAUGAGCGCCACUCGUAUGAGAAGUGCCAAUACGUGGAGUUCAAGAAGCGGGUGGCCAAGAUGGACGAGCUUCGGGCCUCCAAGGAGGGCGCGCGCAGCAACUGA